GGGGCGGACAGGAGGCGGGGCGUGUGAAGGAAGAAGGGAUUUGAGUGUAUGUGGCUGGCUAAUGGUGCUUCAAUUCGACGGAAUGAGAGAAUUAUAAACAGCAGAAGCUCCCAACCCCUGUUUGUGUUUGGGCUGACUUGUGCAGCCAUGUGGCCAGUGUUGUGGACAGCCAUGCGCACCUAUGCGCCCUACGUGACCUUCCCUGUGGCCUUCGUGGUGGGUGCAGUGGGCUAUCACCUGGAGUGGUUCAUCCGAGGAACCCCCAAAUCCCCCGGAGAAGAAAAAGGAGUAUUAGAGCUGCGAGAGGACAGAAAAUUAGAGGAAUUGGUUGGCCGGGACAGCACACAAGUGCUUAGUCUGAAGGACAAACUUGAGUUCACCCCCAGGGCAGCUCUGGAAAGGAACAGGCCAGAAAAGAGCUAGCUAGGCCAGUCACUCUGACUCAGGCUCUUCUCCCAUCCUACUGCUUAUAGUAGGGAUGUACUGUAUGUUAUGCCAUGUAAUGGCAAAUCCUUGGACAUAAACUGUAAGCUCCUGGAUCUCGAUCACAUUUCCAUCCACUAGAUGGAGACACCACGUGCUGUAUUAUUCACCCCCCAUCCAGCUGCUGACACUGGAGUCUUGUGAAAGUGUUUGAACCGUUUUGAUUCUUUGUGGCUUAAUGUUCAGCCUAGUUCCUCGGGCACAUGAGCACAUGACUGUUUAGCCCCAUUUGAAGAAUACUUUCAAUAGCUUCAGUAUGUCUGCCUUUGCAUAAAUUCUCACAAGACUCGGGUCGAGAAGAAAGGCCUCUUUUGUUCAAUGUGUGACCUGGAUGAGUGUGUGUGCGCGUGUGUGAUCAUGGAAGCGCAACAGACCAUGAACAUGGAAAGGAUUAGGAUAUGGGUUUGAGGAAAUGGUUGUGGAGAUUUGUGUGGGUAAAUAAGUCCAAAAUGUUUUAAGUGUCCCCACUGUAAUAAACUUUCUCAAUGAACGAGUUAGAGUGGUAGUGAACUAAGGAUGUGGGAUUAUUGUGUAUGAUAAUAUCAUAGACAAUACUAAUUGCUGUAUUGUUGAUUCUCAUGCUGACAUUAUCAUGUAUGUUACUCAAAACAAAAAUCAAAAUCAAAGCGUUUUUACUCCACAUUGGAAUGCCCAUGCAUUGAUCUAACAUAGGCUACGACUGAGCUCACACUGGCACCUGACAAGUCCCUCAUGUCACAAGUUUGUCUGGUGCGAGUGUGUGCAUAGCUGCUUGCUUACUCACUCAUACCCGAUGGCACAUUUAUUGUUUGUGAGCUUUAAAUAUGAAAUAAGCAGUUACGCUUGUAUUUAUCUCAAAUUUAGUAACUUGGCACAUAAUACAAUAUUGUACUUUAAAAAGCGUCAAAACUACCAUGCGAUUAGAUAAUAAAGAAAAGCCUGACCUAAACCACACUAUACUGUUAUUACUUCCCCCCUUUUUAAAAUACAGACAGCUACCUGUAAAAAAAAAAAAAUCAUGAUUUUAAUUGUGAUCACAGAAUAUUGUUGUGAUAAUACAACUUUCUUUUUUUUUUAAAUUAAUAUAAAUAAUAUAUGUUUUCCAAUCUAAUGCAGAUUGUUUUAUUUACAUUAUAAACUCAUUAUUAGAAGUUUAUUAAAUUUCUGUUAGGGCACAUGGUUUAUACACAAGUGCACUGUUUGGUAUUUGCACUGGUGAUUUUAAUGUUUGUUUUAAGUAAGUAAAUAAACUGCCUUAUAUAUUAUUUGCUUACUAAAUUAUUCAUAUAUUUAGAAAGCAAUUAUUUUAUCCUUUAAAAAGUGCAGGCUAGUAAAAUAUGUCUUACAGACAUAUUUUUAAUAACACAAAAUAUCGCUUAUUAUCAUUUUCAAAAUUACCGAGAUUAUCAAGAUGUUUUUGUCCAUUUUUCACAAAUCUAUAGUGAAAACAACCUGAGCAAAUACGUUUAAAAAUUGCAAAUCUGUCCUAUUUUGGCUAAGUUGGUAAAAUCUCAGUGGCUCAUUGCUAUGAUGUUGUGACUAAAAAGAAAUGAAAGUGCAUCAUUCAUUAAUUUAUUCUGCAGUGUUCACACUGAACAUACAAUGUUCUUGCAGAUUUUGAGACUUCACAAAUGUAUUGUUAAAGCCAGAAUGUAUUCAUGUUGAAUAUAAUUCAUAUGUGCACAGCCUGACAAGAGUGCUUUGUUUAUUGUGGUCCUCAGCUGUUUUGGUCCAGACAUUUAUUUUUUAUUGAUCUAAUUUUGGAACAAUAAUGUGAAUUCAUUUAUCACAUAUAUUCUGUUACUGUUCAGAAAUAUUAUGAGAAUAAAUGAAGUGACUUGCAAACUA